AUGUCUGAACUCUCCUCUCCGCGCAUCACAGCUCGCUACUUGGACAGCUUCGUUGGCCGGCUUGUCACCAUUGUAGGCAAGGUCACACAGCUUCGUGGUGACCAAGCCACAAUCGAUUCCGAUGGUAUUGUGACUGUAGUGCUCAAUCGGGACGCCCACCUAACCAACGGCAACACUGUUCAACUUAUUGGGAAAGUGAAUCCCGACUUGUCUGUCAAAGUGCUCAGCUCUCUAGAUGUUGGCACAGACAUUGGUAAGCCGUCGAAAAAUUCUUCGUUUACACAAGCCGCAACUGUACUGACAUGA